AUGCCGGGGGGGUCGGGGGGCCACGGGGAGGUGCCAUCGAGUGCCACGGGGGGGUCCGGGGGGGGCCCGGGGUUACUCGGGGCCGCCCCCGCGCGCCUUUGUGCCGGCUCCCGUCACCACGGCAACCGCGCGGGCAGGUGGCCGCCGCUGGGCGGGGUCCCGGGCGCCGGCCCCGCCCCCUCCGCCUGUCCGUCAGGCCGCGCGCAGCCCACCCUGCUGGGGGGGCCCGACCCCGCCCACGGCGGGGAAGACGGGCGGCGAUUGGCCGCGGCUGCGGGCGAGGAGGGGGAGUCCCCCGCCACCCCCCGCACGGGGCCCCUGGCGGGGGUACCGCCGGGCAGAAAGGUGGUGUGUGGCCCCCGCCCACCCCCGGGACCCCCCUUACCCCCACCGGGGGCUGGCAGGACCCCUGGGUUCGGGGCCUGCCGCAGUGACGAGCGCGUCGCGCCCACCCGGCACACCCCGGGUGGGAUGGGGACCCCCAUAACGGGGCUGGGGGACCACGCCGGCCACCCGGCACCCCUCUGCCGUGGCAGCGCGCCCCGCGCUCGCUCGGGUGUGGCCGUGCCACGGGAACCUGUUGUCUCGCAGAAACCUCCUGCCCGCCACGCCAGUGAGCAGCCACCACCGCUGCUGCCUGAUGCCGGCUGUGCCACCGCGCUGCAGCAGCUCGCUGGGGCGCGGCGCCAUGCUCGCCAACGCGGCCACCAUGCGGCCACCAUGCGGAUCCUCAUCAAGGGGGGGAAGGUGGUGAACGACGACUGCACUGAGGCGGACGUCUACAUCGAGAACGGCAUCAUCCAGCAAGUGGGCCGUGAGCUCAUGAUCCCUGGCGGGGCCAAGGUCAUCGACGCCACCGGCAAGCUCGUCAUCCCGGGCGGCAUUGACACCAGCACCCACUUCCACCAGACCUUCAUGAACGCCACCUGCGUGGAUGACUUCUACCACGGCACCAAGGCAGCCCUGGUGGGAGGGACGACGAUGAUCAUCGGCCACGUCCUGCCCGACAAGGAGACCUCGCUGCUGGACGCCUACGAGAAGUGCCGCAGCCUGGCCGACCCCAAGGUCUGCUGUGACUACGCCCUGCACAUGGGCAUCACUUGGUGGGCGCCGAAGGUGAAGGCAGAGAUGGAGACACUGGUGCGGGAGAAGGGGGUGAACUCCUUCCAGAUGUUUAUGACCUACAAGGACCUGUACAUGCUGCGGGACAGCGAGCUCUACCAGGUCUUCCGGGCCUGCCGCGACAUUGGCGCCAUCGCCCGAGUCCAUGCCGAGAACGGCGAGCUGGUGGCUGAGGGAGCAAAGGAGGCACUGGACCUGGGCAUCACGGGGCCGGAGGGCAUUGAGAUCAGCCGGCCCGAAGAGCUGGAAGCCGAGGCCACGCACCGCGUCAUCACCAUUGCCAACAGGACCCACUGCCCCAUCUACCUGGUGAACGUCUCCAGCAUGUCUGCAGGGGAUGUCAUCGCUGCCGCCAAGAUGCAAGGAAAGGUGGUGUACGCGGAGACGACCACGGCGCACGCCACGCUCACCGGGCUGCACUACUACCACCAGGACUGGUUCCAUGCUGCUGCCUACGUCACCGUGCCACCGCUACGCCUGGACACCAACACCUCUGCCUACCUCAUGAGCCUGCUUGCCAAGUGAGCGACACGGCUGAACAUCGUGGCCUCCGACCACCGGCCCUUCAGCACCAAGCAGAAAGCCAUGGGCAAGGAGGACUUCACUAAGAUCCCCCACGGCGUCAGCGGGGUGCAGGACCGCAUGAACAUCAUCUGGGAGCGAGGCGUGGUCGGGGGCAAGAUGGACGAGAACCGCUUCGUGGCCGUGACCAGCUCCAAUGCCGCCAAGAUCCACAACCUGUACCCCCGCAAAGGCCGGAUCAUCCCCGGGGCCGACGCCGACGUCGUGGUCUGGGACCCCGAGGCCACCAAGACCAUCUCGGCCAGCACCCAGGUGCAGGGGGGGGACAUCAACCUGUACGAGAACAUGCGGUGCCACGGGGUGCCCCUGGUCACCAUCAGCCGCGGGCGCGUGGUCUACGAGAACGGUGUCUUCAUGUGUGCCGAGGGCACCGGCAAGUUCUGCCCGCUCCGCUCAUUCCCGGACUCCGUCUAUAAGAAGCUGGUGCAGCGGGAGAAGAGUUUAAAGCUGCGGGGUGUGGAUCGCACCCCAUACCUGGGGGACGUGGCCGUGGUUGUGCAUGCCGGGAAAAAAGAGACGGGGACGCCCCUGGCCGAUACGCCCACCCGGCCUGCCACGCGACACGGGGGCAUGAGGGACCUCCACGAGUCCAGCUUCAGCCUGUCCGGUUCUCAGAUCGAUGACCACGUUCCAAAGCGAGCUUCGGCCCGGAUUCUCGCUCCCCCCGGAGGCCGGUCGAGCGGCAUUUGGUAGAGCCGGGGACCUGUCCCCCAACUGAGGACCAGGCACCGGCCCCACGCCGCCCCCGCCCCGGGACCCUGGCUCCGGCGGGGCUCCCCUCGCACCGGGGGGCCCUGCCCGGUCCCCGUCCUGCCCGCGGGGCCGUGCCGGCGGCGUCAGCCGGCAGCCAUGUGCGGUGGGCCGGGGGCCGGGGGGCUGCGGCCCGGACGGCGGGAGGGGACGGGGGCAGCGGGUGGGCCGGCCCCGGCCCUUUUCUGUUUGCACGUUGGGUUUGGAUCAGUGAAUUUUUGACUUGUUUGUGCAUCACGUGGAAAUACUCUGAAGUGGUUUGUGUCACUAGCGUUAGGGGAGAAGCAGGGACCCCCCCAACCCCCUCUCCACCCUUUCCCCCCUCCUUGGGCUGCCCCACCGGCCCCCACCUCCGCUCCCAGCCCGGCCCCCACGCGGGAUGCGUGAGCCCUUCCCACGCCCCGGCAGCGAGCAGCGUCGCGGCAGGC